AUGUUGACGAUAGCUGGGCAAUCUGCCUUGCGGGCAGUUCGGGCCCGGUCAACUUCGCACGCUCUCUCAUCGCACUUCGAAUCAUCGUCCCUCGCACGACUACUCUCGACACUCGCCAUCCUCGAGCAACGGGACGGCAAGCUCAACAGUGGCUCAUUAGGCGCAGUCACAGCAGGAGAAAAGCUGGGGGGCUCCGUACACGGCUUCAUCGCCGGGAAGUCAGCCAAGACUGUCGCGCAAGAGGCAUCAAAGAUCAAGGGAUUGGAAAAGAUCAUUGCAGUUGAGAACGAAGCGUAUGACAGAGGGUUGCCCGAGAACUGGGCGCCACUGCUGGUGGAGAAUAUCAAGAAAGGCGGCUAUACACAUGUGAUUGCGGCGCAUUCGGCCUUUGGCAAGAGUCUCCUCCCGAGAGUUGCGGCCUUGUUGGACGUCCAGCAGAUUUCGGAUGUUAUGAACAUCGAAGGCGAAGAUACAUUUGUCCGACCUAUAUACGCCGGCAACGCUAUCCUCACAGUUCAAAGUACCGACCCCACCAAACUGUUGACAGUGCGUCAAACUUCCUUCCCACCUGCAGAGAUAGAAGGUGGCUCCGCUAGCGUCGAGGAGGGCGCAGACCCCAAGGCCGAGUCAUCCACCGAAUGGAUCUCGGAGAACCUUGCAAAGUCCGACCGCCCUGAACUCGCAUCGGCUGAGAAAGUCGUCUCGGGUGGUCGUGGCUUGAAAUCUAAAGAAGAAUUCGAUCGAUUAAUGCCUCCGCUGGCAGAUGCAUUGGGCGCCGCGAUCGGAGCUUCAAGAGCCGCUGUGGAUAGUGGCUUUGCAGACAACAGUUUACAAGUCGGUCAGACGGGAAAGAAUGUCGCCCCCCAACUUUAUCUGGCCGUCGGGAUUUCUGGCGCCAUCCAACAUCUCGCGGGCAUGAAGGAUAGCAAAGUGAUUGCAUGUAUAAAUAAGGACCCAGAUGCGCCCAUCUUUCAGGUUGCGGAUGUGGGACUAGUCGGGGAUCUCUUUGAGAAGGUCCCUGAGUUGACGGAGAAGUUGAAGUCCCAAUAA